AGGAAAUGCUGUGGGAACUACAGCCAGGCGCUGCUAUUUUUUUUUUUUUCUUGAUUCUCUCUUCUUCUUCUCUCUUCUCCCCUCGCGUAGCUGAGAGGAAGGAAAGGAAGAAAGAGAAGUAGCCAGCUGAAAUGUGCCUUGCUCUGCUGCCAGAGCUCCGGGGCUUGGCUGGAAGGAUCUAGUUUCUCUUCGGUGGCAGGAAAAGGAGCCAGAGGAGGAGGGAGAGACGGACGCACAGCCAUGCCCAUCCCGUCAGGCUGCUGGCUCCUUCUCCUUUGCCUCGCUGCUGCUGGCAAACAGUUGUCACUACAAAUUGCCCCACCGUGUGAAAGCGAACAACACUAUGAAUACUCCGGCCGGUGCUGCACAAAGUGUGAGCCAGGAAAAUAUAUGUCUGCUAGAUGCACUGGUACUUCUGAUAGUGUGUGCCAGCCAUGUGGCCCAAACGAGUAUAUGGAUGUCUGGAAUGAAGAAGACAAAUGUUUACUGCAUAAAAUAUGUGACCAAGGGAAAGCUUUGAGAGAAGUGAACCCAGGGAACAGCACGUUUCAGCGCCAGUGUGCUUGUACAAUGGGCUACCACUGGAAUGAAGACUGUGACUGCUGUCAGAGGAAUACUAUAUGUCUUCCAGGAUUUGGAGUCGAGCAUCCUGUGCAACAAGACAAGGACACAAUGUGUACACCAUGUCCCAGAGGCUACUUCUCAAAGGUCGCUUCAUCCACCAACAAGUGUAAACCCUGGACCAACUGUACAGUUCUAGGAAUGGCAGAAAUUGUGCCUGGCACUGACAAGUCAGAUGCAGUUUGUGCAGAACGGAAGACACCUGAGCCAUCGGAAGACGGAACAAACAGGAUCUUAUACGUGUUGAUUGUUAUCUUGUUUUUUGUGGCACUAUUUGUCAUUGUCAUCUUCAUCAUAUACUACAAGAAUAAGGGAAAAAAACUGACAGAUCUACAGAAUUGGGCUAAUGAAGUGUGCAGCCAAAUAAAAGGAACAAAGGAGCCUCCAAGGGAUGUGAACACCACAAAUGCUGCUGUCCCCCAGCCCUCUGAAGGCAUGUGUCUCCUGGGCCCUGCUGGUUCUCCUGCCUCUGGAAACUUGUGCUGCACCAGCAGUCAUGCUUCUUGCAGGAAUGGGAGCCCCAGCAUGGCACUGUGCAAAGCAGGAGGGAAUCUUCAAGAGUUUUUUGUGGAAACUGAGACUGAUGAGGACCAUUUCCCACCAAUUCCCAUGGAAGAUGAAUACACCGAUAAAGAUCUCAAUGCAAUUGAUGAUUUAUCAUCACUGAGUCGAACUGCCAGUAAAACUGUGUCAUCAUUUUCAGAACCAUUGGAGGCAGGGGAGAACGAUAGCUUAAAUCAGUACUUUUCAGGGACUGUGAGCACAGAGGACAUAUCAGUCUCUCAAGGCUCUUACCCUUCCCCUGACAGGGAUGGGGCACUUGCUGCCACGGACAAACUUCUUCAGAAAUCUUGCCAUUGUGCACAUAGUUGCCUGAGGGAAACAGGUAACAAAGACACAGAUCAUUUUGCAAAAAACUAUUGCUCAGAGAAGAUCUGUGUGAGGUGUGGGGUUGCAUACAGGGAGUCUCCCAGAAAGUGGAGCAAACCCUGUUGUGCUGCAGCUGACAGUGCCUCAAACUCCCCAGAAACUGGAUCCUAUGCACAGUGCACCUGUGGCUUGAAUUUUCUCUCUGCGGGUCAGAGCAGUCUAGCAAAUGAUCAUAGUAUGGAAGAUACAUCUUCAGAUAGUACCAACAUGAAAUAUCAGAACACAACCAGAAGUACUUCAGGGACAAAGAGCAGCACUUCAGACCUCCCUCCAGCAUCUGGAAAUGUGACUGGAAACAGUAACUCCACCUUUAUCUCAAGUGGACAAGUAAUGAAUUUCAAGGGUGAUAUCAUUGUUGUCUACCUUAGCCAAAACUCCCAGGAGGGGACAACAGCCUCAGGGCCAAGCGAGGAGAACGUAGGCAGCCCUGUGCAGGAGGAAAAUCUCAACCGCUGUGAGACUUUUGCUGGCAACACCCAGCACUACAAGGAGAAGUGUGCUGAGCUGCAGGGCGCCUGCCCGGCAAUGCAGAGUGGGGGGCCACGGUGGACCACCGGACUCGUGACCCAGGAGUGGGGACCAUCCUGCUGUGGCCAAGCCUCACAGCCCGUGCAGGAGGAGGGGAAGCUGGGACACUUCUCAGAGAAAGUGUUGAACUGAGGCGAGCUGGUGUCCUUGCUGCGGGCUGGGGCACCAACGAGCAGCCCGCAAAAGGGUGUGAGGCUGCUGUAGGGCUGCCGAAAUCCCGGGUGUCGUGACAGAUUUGGAGACUGUUGCUACCCUUGGUGCCUCCUGGGAAAUUCUAGAGCUGGAAUGGACUCUUGUGGCACACAUGCCAGUGGUGGUGCUCUCGCUGAGGAGGUUACCAGUGGGGAUGGGUGCAUGCUGCCCACCCAUUGCAGAAGCAGUGGCAGGGCACUCUCCCUCAUGGGGCAGCAGGCUCCCUGCCUGCCCCCACUCCCUGGCACCUUUCCCCAGCAAGCAGCAAAGGAAAGAUGAGGAGAGCCUACAGGCUGGGGACUUUGCAAGGAGAGGGCCAGCAUUGCUGGCUGGGCAUGCUAGGCACCCCCAGAGAGUGGAUGACAUGGCAGAGGACCGCACUGAAAGGGGCCCCUGAGCUCUGCAUCAGGGUUUUCUUUUUACAACUAAGCUGCAGCUAUUUUGCUGGGUCUUGGGCUUCCUCAAUGCCUCUGGUCAUGGAAGGAAGGGGUGUCCACAUCUGCCACUGAGCCCAGUGUUGCUGCUGACUUUCACCACCCCAUGGAGACAGGGCAGGUGGCAUCAGCCCUUCGCAUCUUAUCCCAAGAGUCUCAAACCAGCACCAGAGCUGAGACCCUGGUCUGUCCCAUAUUAACUUGUAGACAUGAAUAGGUGUAACAGUGCCCCAGGUACAGAACAACAGGCAAAGCAGAGCUGUUGUGCCAUAUCAGAUUAAUCUUGAGCAAAAAACAUUUACAGUUUUUGACCCUGAUUCACCUCUGUCUUAUUGCACCUCACCAGAGGAAUUCAAACCCUUGAAGAUGAGAAUGAUGUGCUUGGCACGCUGCUGGAAGAAUAAUGUCACUGGAAUUUAAGAUGCAGAGCUGCUAGUGAGUAGAGGAAGGGUCUAUGAUAACGAGCUGUGGACAUUUCCUGAGUGGCAGGAGAGGGAGGGAUCACCCGAGGAUGGAGAGUUUGAUCAGGGUCAAACACAGGUCCCUUUAUCUGCCCAAACAAUUUUGUCAUUCUGUCUGAUAUUUUCUUUAGUAAGUGAGGGUUUACUUAUGUGGCAUGAAGCUAUUACCAGAGCUCAGCCUGUUUGAGGUGAAAUUAGAGCAUCGCCACUGUCACACUGAGGGUUUGUAAGCAGUAGGACCAAAGGGUUGGAUUUAGGAAUAAUAGUAGUUGUAGCCAGAAGGGAGCCUCAGCUAUGCAGUUGGCUUUGGUUCAGGUCCCGUAUCCUGCAGCCUCCUCCAGUACCCACUGUGGAGAGAGAGAGAGGUGAAAGGAACAGAGACUCAAGGAACUCCCAAGAGGAAAAGUUAACAUUUUAAUGAUUUCCUGACAAAGGGUAAUUUUCUGACAUUCUCCUGCGUGGGAGUGCUGCAGGAGGCUAUCUUAGUCUGAGCCUUCAGGAAGGUCAGUGCUGUGUUUCCUGUCAGACUGUAAAGGGAACUAGUAUGUAGUGUGAUCUAAUCUGCCCGGAGGGAUAAGAUCUCUGGUAAGAAUGGGCUCCUCUCUGGGGUGGAUUUUAAAGCCAAGGAGUUCACCGCACAGCUGCUCUGUUUGCAAUAGUACAGCUCUGUGGAUGAAGAGCACCUAUAAAGCUGACAAAGUGACCACUGUGUCAAGAUGAGGUUCUUUCUCACCCAUAAAACAAAAGGAUGGACUUGGCCACGUUCACCUCUCAGGAGAACAAUUCUGAAUUAUUUAUCUGUCUGGCAUAUAAAAAUCAGUGCAGACAUGCAAGACUUUUUCUUGGGUGGCUGGCAAAAAUGGUGCAUGAACAGUCAGGCUCCCUUUCACCCCUGCAUGGCCUUUGGAAAACGAGGUCAUCCUAGACUAGGCUCAGCCAAGCAGGUGGGUUGUCCCAUUCAGUGAUGGCCCAAGCUACCUUUACUUCUUUGAAGGUGUGUUACUGAGGCUGUCUUGGUAUUCUUUUGUCUUUCCUGCUGGAUCCUUUAGCAAGCUCUUUCUGUCCUCUUCUGGCCUAAUUCUGAAUCCCCUAGGCGCUGGUGCACUAGGGACCAGGAAACAGACUCACCAUUGUGUUCAUGUAAGGUGGUGCAGAUAUUUUUCCACUUCAUCUGCAGCUUCUUUUCCCCAUGGAUUGCAUCUGCCACCAUAGAGCAGGCUCAAAAUACUAACUUCAGAGAAGACAAUGGGAAGUUUACUACGUGUCCUCAGUGAGGACUCGUUUUUUGCUCACUGAAUCGCAGAAUCCUACUGAGCAAGGAUUGGAACUAGAUUCAUCAGCAAGCUUGAAGACAUGGGUCAUAAUGAUCUCAGCACUGUGGCCACUCCUUAUGGGAAAUGCAAUGCACCAAUGGAUACAAUUCUUUUUCUUCUUGCAGAGUCUACCCAAAGUGAAGAAACCAGAUCACACAUCGGAAUGCUCCACGUUCCCUGGGUCUCUUGUCUGGCUGCUUUGACAUGGACCCCAGAGGGACUUCUUUAUCCUCACUAUUUCAUUUGCAAUCAGUUUGGAGGUGGGGCUAUUUUUUAACAUCUGUUUGUACAACAAACAUUGGGCACUAAUUUGGAGGCUUCUGGCUGCUAUUGUAAUACACAUAAUUAGUGACAAUAAAAAUCUUAAGGAUCAUCUGAGAGAAGAUUUGUAUGCCCAUGCUCAUUUUGACAAAAAAAAAAAAAUAAGAGAGGAUAAAAACAUACCUGGUUAAGCUUUUGUAAUAUUUUUUGUAUGUAGAAUUGUUUUAACAGGAAGUGCUUCCCUUCCCGUGUAUGUGCCACAAUAAUG